CAUUCCGUCUUCGAAAGUUGAACAGUAAGCACUCUAUAUUAGAAUGGACCCUGACGAAAUUACAAAGUCAGUGAUUAAGAGUCACAAAGAAUAUCUUGAAAAGAUAAAAGAUAUUAACAAAUUGGCUACUAUUCCGAUGGUAUUAAUAGAAAAUCAGAAGGAAGACAGCGAACUACUUUUAUUUUCCUGCCAGCAAUAUUUUACGAAAUACUUGGAAGGCAAAAAGAGAAUACUAAUAAAGGGUUCGUUCUUUUCAGGAAAAUCUUUUCUUUACAGAAAAUUUCUUUAUUUCUGGAGCAAAUUGUCAACUCUUUAUGACGAAUUUCUUUUAUUAAAACUAUCAAUUCGUGACUUAAAUGAUUCAAGUACGCUUAUUCAAUCAAUUAUUGAACAAAAUUCUCCUAUUCAAUCAAAAGAAUUGGAAUUAAUCCUAAACAAUAAAUCCAGGGAUUUUAAAAGGCCAAUAUUUUUGUUAGUGUAUUGCGCAGAAGAUUCAAACUUUUCACAAGAUAAUGACAUAGAAAAAUUACUUAGAGGGACAGAAAGACCAAGUAUUUUUAAAAAAGUAAUUGUCCUUUCAGAUUUGUGGAAGGCAGAUUUAAUAGAAAAUUCUUAUGAGCUUAUUCAUGAAAUAGAUAAACUUUCCGAAUAUCACUUACAUAGAUUUCUGCAAGAUGUUCUUCCGUACAAACCAAUGAAGAGCAUGAUUUACGCAACUAGUAAUAUAGAUUUGAGAAAUUCUAUCUUAUGUCUAAUAGAUUCAAUAAGAGAUGAGAAACCAUUAAUAUUUAAAAGAGCCGGAGAGGUGGAAUUUAGUUUUUGCCUGUCAAAGUUAUGUACCCAAAGUCUAUUUGAAAAAGCGAAUACUCCUGAAGAUGUCAUUAAACUGCUUUUAGAUAGUGUAGUGCGAGCGGAGUCUUCUGUGUCUGAGUGGUAUUUCCUAGCAUAUAGAAGUAUUACAGAAUGCAAUUAUACGCAUUUCCAUCGAGUAGCUACAGAUUCUGAUUGCGAUAGCGACUGUAAGGAACUCCUUAAUCUAGCUGGGUUUAGAGAAGCUUUGUGUGCACAGUAUAUUGUUAAUAAUUUCGACGAUUUUGAGAAAAUUUAUAAUUCCAAGAAGGAUAAUGAAACUUGGUAUAAAAAAAUCUAUCAUGUUUUACCAUUCGUUCGUAAUCUCGAUUUUAAGAUUUAUUGGAGAAUAUGCAUUGAUAACAAACCUCUAUUGGGUAAAAAGUUUGAAAAUUUACCCAAUCAACUUAUAGAUUUUAUCCAAAGCCCUCAAAGUGCUUUAUACAUAAAAAAUCAAAGUCUGGAAUUUUCUCACCUAAAAAUGGCGUUUUUAAUUGGAAAUUCCUUGGAAGAGAUCAAUCUUCAUCAGGUCGAUAUUGAUUUCAAACAAUUUGCCAGUUAUAAGCUUGAAAGUUUACAAGCAGCUUUGAAGAAAUUUAGCCUAUAUAGCGGUCGAGAUUUAACUAUCAGUGAUAAAGACAUAAGGAAGUUUCUGUUAAAUUUCAAUGAGAUUACCCAUUUAUCAUUGGAAAGCUUAUUUAUCGAGCAUUCUUCUGAUAUAUCAAACAGCAUAAUGAACAAAACGCUGAAUUUGAAAUGCCUACAUUUGAAUAACUGUCAUAUGGAGGAAGAGGAAUGGAAAUGUAUAUCAAAAUUUCUAACAGUAUCUCCAUUCCUUGAAGAGUUAGAUUUUUCAAACAAUAUCAUUAGAGGAGAAGCAUUUGAAAAGAUCCUCCAAAGUUUAAAAGAAUCGAAAAAUGUCAAUAACAGUUGCAAAUUGAAAAAACUUCUAUUAAGCAAUUGUUCUGUAAAUUAUAUCAUUUGCAAUCUUUUGACAAAUUCCCUUGAUUUUCUAUCAGAUUUGGUUGAAUUAGAUAUGAGUUAUAACCCUGGAAUUGAAAAUAGUAAUGCCUAUGUUAUGAUAUCCAAGUUAUUGUCUUGUCCAAAUUUGACAAAUGUCGAUUUUAGUAAUUGCAAUUUAAAGCCGAAUAAAGUGAAUUUUACAAUGUUGACAAAUCCUAAUUUAAAGUUGAAACUUGAUGGAUUAGUAUAUUGCAGAUAUAUGGCUUUCUCCUUGAAUAAUCAACAUGAUUUCAAUAGUAUCAUCUGGAAUCGACAACUGGAAUAUAACGGAUUCGAAUAUCUGGAAACCCUUUACAUAAAUGAAGCAAAAUUCACCAAUGAUGCAAUCAGCAUUGUAAGAGAUGCAUUUUCUCACAAUAAAAUAAAGAAUUUAAUUGUUACCGAUCUUACGAGCUGUCUCUCUCAGAACAUAUUCGACUAUGUCUCCGAAGACAAUGAUUUAGAACUUUUCGACUUAAGUGGCAAUAUUCUUUCGACAGAAGCUGUUCAUGCAAUAUGGAAUACACUCGAAAGGCCACAUUCUGUAAAGAAAUUAUUCUUUGCUGAUUGUUCCCUACCAUUUACGUUUUUUAGAGAUAGUGAGGGCGAUAUUAGAUUUCCUGAUGGGGUGGAAGAACUGAAAUUAUCUGGCAAUAGAAUAAAUAGUACAGAUGUUGCUAACAUAAUUCUUAGAAGGCGCUUGAAAAAAAUCUGGUUAAGUAGAUGCUCCUUAAAUGUUUCUUUCUGUGAAAAAAUCUUAAAUGGUCACAAUGCUGUAAAGGGUCUAGCAUCUAUCGAUAUAUCCUACAAUUAUCUAGGUAACGAUGUAAUCAAACAGCUUCUUACGAGCCUUCACGAAUCAGAAAAUCUUGAUGAGCUAUACAUUUACAAAACGGGCAUAACGAAAAGUAUUCUAUUACACCUCUUUCAAUUCAUUGACAAAAAUAGAGGUUUAAGAAUUUUAAACUCUCCUUGUUUUGAUCAAGUUGCACAAUUUUCGAAAUCCGAACCGCAAAUUAAAUUUGUAAAAUUCAUGGAUGAUGUAGAUUCAAUCAACUGCAAUUUAAUAAUGGUUAAAACGUUGCAAAGUGUCCUUAAACAAGUCAUAGAAACAAAAGUUUUAAAGAUAUCAGAAAAGCUUACACCUAUCGAUUUUCUGAAGGAAUAUUUAGAUCUUAUCAUAUCUUUGGAAUUAUCAAUUACAGUGUUAGACAUACAAUAUAUUAAAUAUGAGAAAGAGGUUUUUGAGAAACUUCUUAAUUUGAAAUUUACAGAUAAAAGACCAACAAGUCUUAUAGUAUCAAGAUUAAGAUGUAAGAGAAAUGAAUAUCCUAUUGAAUUUUUUACGACUCGCUUUCUUCCGAAAAUGGCAAAAGUCUGGCAGAUACAUUUCCAUGAUUUAAAAACUCCAAAUUAUAGCUGGUAUAUGAAUUUGAGUGCUGUUAAAAGCCUUAGACAGCUAUCAGUUAUUUAUCCCUAUACUCAGUCAGAUGGACUUUCAUUUUUGGCUAAGCCUUUAAUAAUCCAGAAUCGUUAUAUUAACCACCUCAAUCUCGCUGGAAAUGUGAUAUCCAAUGUAACCUUAGAAGCCCUUAAAACAUGUACUCAUUUACGGAGUUUAAAUUUCUGGAAAUGUAAAUUUCAGGAACAUGAACCUGAAAUAUGGAAGACUAUUAUAGAACAAAAUGCCACUACUUUGAUAUCCCUUGAUUUAGGGCUAAGUAAUAUUCAGAACUCAAGUCUAGAGGAAAUUAUAGGGGCUUUUACGGAGCUAGAAGAAUUUCCUCUAAAACAGCUGGGACUAAGAGCUUGUGAAUUAACUUCUAAUAUACUGGAAAAAUUGAGCAAAGUUCUUGAAAAAUGUAAGGUUAUGAAACUUCUAGAUCUUUCUGCUAAUAAACUUACUGAUACAUUCCUAAUUGAUAUAGGCAGAAAAUCAUUUCAAUCCUUUCAGUGGUUUCUUAAAAAUACUAAACCCGAUUCCGAAGCUCUUAAAUAUGCUUUAAACCAUUCAGAAAAUAUACAGGUUCUAUCUCUAAGCGAGAAUAAAAAUUUCGAUAACAAAUGCUUAAAAGUUUUAGAGACUUGGGUAAAGAAUUCUAAUUUGAAGGAACUGUUUGUUCAUGACUGCCGACUUACUGCAUCUUGCGGUUUGUCUUUUGCUAAGAUAAUAAGAAAGCACGCAAAUUUAAACUUAUUAUCAGCUUCAGGAAACAAUAUUGGAGAUAACGAUUGCAGAAAAAUACUGAAAGGGCUGAAAUCAUCGAAAAUCACUAUUUUGGAUCUUGACAGAGUAGGCAUGACAGAAGCUAUUGGGACACAAUUGCGAGAUUCAGUAGGCUCGUUAAAAAACUUAACAUACUUAAGUUUAAAUGAUAAUCCACUUGGUGAUGACUGCGGUAUGCACUUAUUGAUUAGUCUUAUCGGAUGUUCAAAUUUGAAAUUCUUGUACUUAAAUAAUUGUGGAUUUACGUCAAAGAUUGAAAAGACAUUUUUGAAAUUACUGAAACUUUUGACAAAAUUAUCAUCUCUGUCCUUAAAUGGUAAUAAUUUCGAGGAAAAGUCAUACAUUGAAUAUUUAUCGUUGAUAAAUUGCACUUGCACUAAAGUAUCGGCACUAAGUUUUGAAGAAUGCAAAUUAACUAAAAAUAUGAAUCAAGUAUUUCGUCAAAGUUUCAUGAAAUUAACUGAUCUUGAAUAUCUGAGCUUGAAAGAUAAUCCAGACCUUGAUGAGGGUCUUUUCGAGAUAAUUUAUGUGAAUUUUAACUAUUUGAGAGUAAGGAUGGAUGAUUCUAACAUUGAAAAUAGCUUUCAAAACGUACUAUACUCUUAUAAUAAGGACGUUGGACCAAUAUCAACUAUUGUUAUAAAUCCAGGUCCAAUAAGAGGCUAA